GAGCCUAAGGAGACAUGAUGACUGUGUAUAAUGGAUCUUAGAUGGGACCCUGGGACAGAAAAAGGACACGAAGGGACAACUGAGGAAAUCUCAGUACAAUGUGGUUGACCAGAUUGAUACCCUGACCUCCGACCUGCAGCUGGAGGAUGAGAUGACCGACAGCUCCAAAACGGACACCCUGAAUAGUAGCUCCAGCGGCACAACGGCCUCCAGCAUCGAGAAGAUCAAAGUGCAGGCCCACGCACCCCUCAUCAAGCCCCCCGCACACCCGUCUGCUAUCCUCACCGUCCUGAGAAAGCCAAACCCUCCGCCGCCUCCCCCGCGGUUGACCCCUGUGAAGUGUGAAGACCCCCGGAGAGGGGCGCCGACGGUCAAUCCCGUGAAGACGAAUGGCACCCUCCUGCGAAACGGAGGCUUCCCUGGGGCACCCAACAAAAUUCCAAAUGGAGACCUCUGCUGCAUCCCCGCCAGUACCUUGGACAAGGCUCCCGGGCGGCCUCUGAAGCACAGACCUGAAAAAGACAGGUGCCCCCAGGCAGGGCCUCGGGAACGAGUUCGGUUUAAUGAAAAAGUGCAGUACCAUGGCUACUGUCCCGACUGUGACACCCGGUAUAACAUAAAAAACAGGGAGGUCCAUUUACACGGCGAACCUGUCCACCCACCGGAAAAGCUUCCUCACCCAGGCCCCCCCCUCCCUCCUCCACCCCACCUCCCUCCUUUUCCACUGGAAAACGGGGGCCUGGGAAUAAGCCACAGUCACAGUUUCCCCCCUCUCAGACCUGCAACUGUGCCUCCUCCCACUGCACCAAAACCACAGAAGACAAUCUUGAGGAAAUCAACCACAACAGUGCGAUGUAUGCCAUUUCCAAAACCUUUUUGUUUUGUUGUUUUUUUAUUUUAAUUUCUAUACUAUAAACAUAAAAUAAUAAGUAAUGAGCACUUUCUACUCAAGCAAUAAAAAGCCCAAAUAUAUUAAUCCUGCAUUCAGCAAAGUGGCAUAAAAACCACCUGGUAAGUAUGCAGUAUGUUGUUUAUAUCCCGGGUAUACGGUGUUUAAACGGUUGCAUCGUCGGAAACCACAGAACCAUGAAAAAGCUGCGCUUAUUGUUUCUUUCAACCGACCUAUGAUAAACGGUGACCUGUAGAUUUCAAAUGGUUUGAUUUACUCUCAGAGAUGGGAUUAGUUUCAUUUUAUUCAUGCCUAACUCAUCUAUGCAUUAAUAACAUGUCAUCCUCCUACCUUUGACCAGAUGCUUUUUAGGAAGAAAUUUUAAUACCGAAGGACUAUUUUAUUAUUUUUUCUAAAGAUGUUUGUCACUAGUUUUACAUUGUGAAAUGCUGAGAACAAUACCAAAAAGUUUUAUUUUCUAUACUAUACAAUUAUGAUUAUACGUUCCGCUGUAUCUGUAAUGAAAGAUUUUUGUCUGUGGAAAUAUCAUAUGUCAAUAAACAACAGUACCUAAUGGCAAAAGCACACGUUCCUCAGAGCAAAAACAAAGCAGUGGUUCAUUGAAUCCUGUGUUGAUAUUCAUCAAAAUGGGUAGCUACUCUGAAAGAGUUUGGAAAAGGUUACAGUGAGGAUAGGGCAGCAUUUUCUAGAUUAAGUAUCAUUAUCAGGUCAUAAGUAGUACUUGCACAUCUUCAUAUUAUGUCUUGUGGUACCCCUAAGACCGCAUGUUGAAGGUCUCAUUGACCCAAUACAUGGCCAAGCCCUUUAGAUCCUCCUCACACACAGCAUCCCUCCCGGACACACCAUAAACCAGGACACUGAAGCAGUGGGAUGAUUUGCCUCCUUCACCAGCAAGUUCUCUGCCUCCCCAAGGGAAUUCCUAUUUAUAAGAGAAUCAUAGCGGAAAAUAAAGAUGCUUCUGGAAUAGGAUGUUUUUAGUAUCAGCCUUAAUGCUCUUUUCCCUCAGAGUUGAAAUAUGCCAGUGGUCUUUGUUAUUUUAUAGAAGGAAGAGAAGAAAUCCUUUCCUCCUGACAUCUUACAAAGGUCCUUCUCUUAAGGCUAACUUGCCAGCUUAUGUCACUUACCCACCCAUGGAUCAAGUUCACUUCCCAACUACUGUGAUUUGGACUGAGUGGAUAUUUUGCUCUGGAACUGGAAAUGAGUUCAUCUGUCCUAGAAUCAUGAUGACAGGUGCAUACCUGAACAAAAGUUGUCCUUUAAGUGGCAAGAGGAGAGGGAAUUAUCUGUGGUGAAAAUUGGUUAUAAUAGCAGCUUAAUAAAAAAAUACUAUAAUUUUUUGAGCUAUUUGGCUUUUGAUCUCAAAACUUUAAUUUUUGUUGCUACAGGGAGGUAGUCAUUUCUCUGUUGCCUUUUUCAAGCCAUAUGAUGGUAACCUGGAAUACUGUUUUCCAACAACUUCCUAUUAAAAGAUGAUAACAUACAGAAUGACAGAAAGAAAAUAGGCAUGACUUUUUGAAAGAACAAUUAAAUGAGUGAAAAAAUAGAGGAUGUCAUGUUACAAAUUUACUCAGCAUGAUUUUCGUUCCUGUGUGUGUUGGCCAUGAAGAUAAUGCAAGCACAGUAAAUCCCCCCCCUUUUUUUUUUCCCAGAAAGUUACAGAACGUAAGACCAAUAAUAAAGAAAAGCCAUAAUCUAAAAUAUAUUAAUCAUGUGAUAAGUAUGUUUAAUAAAUCUGACCCAAGUAAACACAAAAUUGACUUCCCAAAUACAAAACUAAUAUAUUCUUAACUUUUUCAUGCCUUCAUUUAGACUUGAUAUAAACAAACCCAAGCUUUCAUCAUUUUCUAGAUUUUAGUAAUUACUUUCUUUCAAAUGUGCAGCCAGUGUUAGACCAUAUGGUAUUAUAAACAGUCUUUGAAGACACACAGCUUUCUCCCUUCAGCUCAUCUUCCCUUUGCAGCCAGUUACCAUGACCUAAUAAUUAGCUUCUCAUUUGAAAUUUUGACUCCUGUCAAUGUCUGGGAGCCAGUCUGGAUCUCAAGGUAAGAGCUUCCUAGCAACCACAAAUCACUCACAGAGCAGGUAACUGCAAGGAAGUGGGUUGAAUAAGCUGACUAAUUCAAGCUGAUGGAAGAAGGACAUUGAGCCAGGUCCUUGGCCACAACCUAAGGGGCUCAAACUCAUCUCUCUUUCUCGAAGUAGAGACAAAGGUACCCCGUGAACAACCGUCUUUUUAAGUGUGAUUGUUGACUUGCCAAGAUGGCAAUACCAGUUCUCAUUCAACACAUUUACAAGCAACCUUUGGCCUAGAAGACCAAGUUAAAGCCCAGCCUGAAAGAGUUAAGAGGUAUUGAACUUUUCUUAUUACAGUUUAUUAAAUCAGGAUUAAAUGUUAGAUUAUAUCAGUGUUGGGACUUUCUUUUGAGUAUGUUUUUUUCUUACGUUAUUUCAUUUUUUUCUUCCAUUAAGGUUUGGAAUAUAUUGGGCCAAUAGGGCUUGUUUUGCUUUGUUUUGUUUUUCCCCAAUGGAUCACUUGGAAACAUUCCCCAGAACUUAUGUCUUUAAAUAGAUAUAAACUUGUAAAACAGGGAAAGCAACUAACACAUCAUAAUAAACUUAAAAAGUGUCGUAA